AUGGGGCUGUUCGACGACCUUCCGUCGGCGAAGAGGCCGGCGCCGACGCCCGCGCCCGCGUCUGAACCGGCCACCGAACCCGAUGCCAAGCGCGCGAAGGCGUCCGACGCGACCGAGCGCCCGAGGGAGGUGGACCACGCGACGGCGCUGACGAAGAUCGCGGCGCACAUCGGCAACCCCGCCAAGUUCAAGAAGGCCGCGACGCUCGCGCUCGCGCUGAUGCGGGGCGGUACGCUCGAGCGCAGGCACGGCAAGGCGCUCUUCGCCGUGCUGACGAACGCCAUGGAGCCCACGCCGAGGCGCGCGAACGACCCCGGGCUCAGGUUCGAGUACCGCGAGCUCUUCGACGCAGCGGAGGCGUGCGCGUCGGACGGGGUGCUCAACGCCAAGCACAAGGCGAGGCUGGCGGUGUGGAUGCUCCACGUCCGCGUGGUCAACGACGUGCACACGGACGAUAACUUCCAGUUCGCCAAGGCGACCAAGGCGGUCAAGGCGCUGGUGGACGCGCUGACGGACCACGGACCGAGGCCCCGCGGCGACGACGACGAAGACGACAAAGACGACGCGAAGGAUGAAGCGAAGGAUGAAACGGCCGCGGGGAAGGGCGAGGACGAGGAGACGAGGGAGAUGAGGGAGCACGCCGCGAGGAUGCGCGCGGCGGAGCGACAAGCCGAGCUGGACGCCUGGCAACUCCGCGAGGACGAGCGCGAGGCCCUGCUGGACGCGUGCGACGCCGCGCAUUCGCACUACAAGCACGCGUGGGCACAAACCGCGGUGGACAUGCUGGUGGAGCACGUGCACGAGCGCCGAGCGAAGUUCGGAGAGGAGCACCGGGCGCGGAUCGUGGAGAUGUACGAGGCGGUGAGGAAUAAGCGGAACGCGAGGAAGGCUGCCGCAGCCGGCGAGGCGUUGACCUCGUUUGAGCGAAGCCAGGCGAGGUUCACCAACGCCUCCAUUUCGAUAAGAGGGGGAGUGGGCGGCGAGGGGACCAGGGACGGGCGAGGCGAGUCCGCAAUCGGGGGGUUCUGA